AUGGGAGGUACGUCAUACCUGAUGACUCACAAUCCCAAGGACUUCGAGGUCGUGUUCCGGAACGAAGGAGUGUGGCCGCAUCGGCCUGGCAGCGAUACUCUUCGCUAUCAUCGAAAGACUCAUAGAAAGGAUUUCUUCCAGGGAGUGGAGGGAGCUUUACCCACACAAGGAAAAACCUGGAGCGACUUUCGAUCGGCUGUAAAUCCUGUCCUAAUGCAGCCGAAGAACGUGCGGCUUUACUAUAAGAAGAUGUCCCAAGUGAACCAGGAGUUUGUGCAACGUAUUGAUAUCGAUACCCAGGAAGCUCCAGAUGAUUUCUUAAACGUUAUAAAUCGGUGGACCCUCGAGUCAGUCUCUGUGGUGGCUCUGGACAAGCAGUUGGGACUGCUCAAAGAGUCGGGCGAUAACGACCAGGCUGUGUUACUUUUCAAGUACCUGGACGAUUUUUUUGAAUUAACAGCCGAUCUGGAGAUGAAGCCCUCCAUCUGGCGUUACGUUAAAACACCCAAGCCAAUGAAGCUAAUGAAGUCCCUAGAUGGCGUUCAAGAAAUAACUUCAGCGUAUGUAGACGAAGCUAUAGAGCGUCUAGAGAAAGAGGCCAAGGUGGGUGUUGUCCGCCCUGAGAGCGAGCAGAGUGUACUGGAAAAGCUGCUCAAGAUCGACAAAAAGGUGGCGACGGUUAUGGCCAUGGACAUGCUAAUGGCCGGAGUGGAUACCACCUCAAGUACCUUUACAGCGGCCUUGCUGUGCCUUGCCAAGAAUCCGGAGAAGCAGGCCGUACUCCGAGGACUCCGAAUUCACUGA